UGAUGAAUGCCUCUGAUGGUGAUCAUGUCAAAGCUUAGAAGAUUGACGUUGGUUGAGAAGAUAUCGGCUAUUAGAUCAGGACAAUUGUCACCUUCAGCCAAGUCAAAACCAUCGACUAUGUCUGUUGGAGAGACAAGAAAUUUGGCCCAAACCACACGCAUAAAUCGAGAGCAAACAGAAGUUGAACCUCUUAAGCUAGUGGCAGAACCUGAAAGUACAACAACACUUCCUGCAUCAGAGUCAAAAGAGAUGGGCCACAAGGAUCGAAACGACGAUGAUGAUAAUGAUGACAAGAAGAAGGAGGAAGAGAGCGACAAUGAAGGAUUCUUUGGCUCGGUUGGAGACUUUUUCGGAAUGGGUACUGAUUCUGAAGACGAAAAGGAUGAGAAGGAGGAAAAAGGACACGAGGAUAAAGACAACGGGGGAAGGGAUUCCCGUCAAAGCCAAAAAUCUCCAGCCCUUGAUGUGACCGAAGCUCCUGAUGAGGAAAACCAAUCGGAGGAAAAUCAACAGAAAGAAGUGGAUCCAGAUCGCCUGUCUCAAAAAAGCGAUGAUGAGUCACGAUCCCAGAAAUCGGCUGACCGACGCAAACGCGAGGAAGAACUAGCGCGCCGAGAAGCUGAGCUGGCCAAGAGAGAGGAGCAAUUGAAGGAAAAGGAAGAGGAACUGGACCACAAGCUCAAGGAAAAGGAAGAGGAAUUCAAACGGAAACACGACGAGAUGACUGAACGGAUCGAGAAAAAAUACCAGGAAAAGGAGCAAAAGUAUGCCGGCAGUCAAGAUGGGGGCGAGGAGGAGCUCAAGAAAAACUUGGAGGCUCGAGCCGCACUGUUAGAUCGGAAAGAGCGAGAAUUGAAAGAGAAAGAAGAAGCCGAGAGCAAGAGACAAUACACUUUUGGCAUUCUCAUUGAUUCAAAAAGAGAGCAAUUGGAUGAGGAGAGGAAAAAAUUAGACGAAGACCGACAGAAACUAGAAGACGACCGUGCUCGAUUGGAAGACUCUGAAGAUUCGGCCUAUGGUAGCAGAGAUAGGCGAAGACGCGGCGGGAAAAGUCGAGGCCGAGGAAGCGAUGAAGAUGACCACGACCAUGAUGACUUUGAAGAGUUUUCUGACUCCAAUGACGAAGAUAUGCAUCGCCGCGAGAGGAGAAACCCUCGUCAUCCUGAGGUUGGACGUGCUCGAGCUCCAGAUCUUGAGAACAUAAAGUCCAAAGUGGGGAGUAAGAGGAACAAAGGGCGUCGAGAUGACAAGGAGAGAGAUAAAAAGAAGGACCGAAAUCGUGGCGGGGGUAUCAAAAUAUUUGAUGACAAAGCUUAUCUCAAGGCCGUCAAGAAAACCAGAAGAGAUCGGAGUAGUUCCCGCAAUACCAGGCACCGGAGUCGCGAUGACCGUGAUGAUCACGAUGAUAGGGAUGAGAGCAGACGUCGCCGAGACCGACACAGAGAUGAUGAAGAUCGCAACCGACAAGACACCCAUGGGUCGCGAGGGGAAAGUGGUCCCAAUGGCGAGCGGCCAAGAUCACUUCAUAUGCAAAGAGUAGACGACGACGUCCGGGCUUAGGAAUUAUCAUUUCAUUGCAAUUUAACUAUGCUCAAAACUACAAGUGUGAUACUCUAGCAAUCUUACAAAUCAAUAUUUUCCUAUUUACAUGAUUGAUGCAUGUAAUCAUUAGCUCUCAAAUUAGAAUUCAGUUUGUUCUGCAAUAAAAUAUACACUUUUAGACAAAAUG